GCCACAAGGACCACGUUUAGAAACGCUACCCUGGCGCUGUACGUCAGCAGAUCGCAGCAGUGGCACCUCAUGCCACUAAUCUGCUCUCACGGCGCGAUAUAUCAUCCGGCGAGUCAGGUCGACUUCACGCCGAGGCAUGCGGCAUGUCGAGGGACGGCCAAGAAAAGACGGUGUUUAAAGCGUGGAGCUAUCUGAAAAAUCGCUUCCAUCGCUUGGGUGCGUGUCAGACAACGAGCGAGCCGGUAAAGAAGAAGACGGUAGGCAACCGUGGGGUCGAUCCUUACGGCAAACAGUUGCCAAGCGAUUUCACGAACAAAUCGACCAGCUUACAGCAGCCUAGUCGAACAACCCUCAGGAGACCACGCGAGAGCGAGACGGCACGCUCCUUCACUGACCAUGGAAAGGCUAACGAUCGGCACCCGGACCCUAAAGAUCUCCCUGUCCUGUUCUCUGAUUUACCUCCGAGUGUGACGUUCGUUCUAACUGCGCAUGUCUCUCGAGAGAGCCUCGUCGUCGGACAAUGGCAGACCCCGAACGUCAUCUGGACCGAUCUGCUAAAGUAA